AUGGCUUUCAAGACUAUCUUCGUCGCCGCCCUGGCUGCUCUGCCUGCCGUCUUCGCCUCCCCCAUUGAGCUCGAGUCUCGUGCUGGCUGCAAAUACAACGGUGGCUGGCAGAACUUCCCCAAGAUGAGCCAGUGGCUGCCCUGGACUGAGGUCUUCAGCCGCUACCAGCAGGACAUGGUCAACGCCGGUUCCACCUGGGACGAUGUUGGCCGUAUCAACGUCGCCAUCAGCAACGCCGCCGCCACCAUCGGUGUUGACGAGCGUGUCAUCCUCGCCAUCAUCCUCCAGGAGAGCCACGGUUACGUCGGUGUCCAGUGCACUGGUAACAACGACUGCGGUCUCAUGCAGUGCGAGAACUGCCCCUCAUUCCAGGGCCAGCACGGCCUUCCCCAGUCUUCGACCUCUGCCAUGAUCAACGGUGGUACCCAGCACUUCAAGGGCAACUUGGAGCACUGGGGCAACGCUUGGGCUGAGUCUACCAUCUACCCUGCCCUCCGUGAGUACAACUCCGGCAGCGUCAACUCCGGCGAUCUCAGCACUGCUGCUGGCGGCUUUGGCGUUCCUUGCUACGUCGCCGACGUCGCCGGCCGUAUGCUCGGCGAUGUCUUCUAA